AUGCCUACCGUUACUGUUGAUAAAGCCGAUCUUUUCGAGCUUUUAGGAAAACAAUACACCACUGAAGAAUUUGAAGAAUUAUGUUUUGAUUUCGGUAUUGAAUUAGAUGAAGAUACCACUAAUGAUGUCCAACCAGGUGAACGUCCUGAAUACAAAAUUGAUAUCCCAGCUAAUCGUUAUGAUAUGUUAUGUAUUGAAGGUAUUGCUCAAUCUUUAAAUGAAUUUUUAGGUAGAAAAGAAUUACCAAAUUAUAAAUUAUCUUCAAGUCCAAAAUAUUCUUUAACUGUUGAUCAAUCCACUGAAUCAAUUAGACCAUACGCUGCAGGUGCAAUCUUAAGAAACAUCACUUUCACUGAAAGAUCUUAUCAAUCCUUCAUUUCUUUACAAGAUAAAUUACAUUCAAAUUUAUGUCGUAAUAGAACUUUAGUUGCAAUUGGAACUCAUGAUUUAGAUAAAUUAGAAGGUCCUUUCCAAUACAAAGCUUUACCUAAAAAGGAUAUUGAUUUCAUUCCAUUAAACCAAAAUCAAUCUGUUACUGGUGAAAACUUUGUUGAUUUUUAUUCAAAAGAUAAAAAUCUUGGAAAAUUCUUACAUAUUAUUGAAGGUUCAGAUAAUUAUCCAGUUAUAUUGGAUAAUCAAAAUCGUAUUGCUUCAUUACCACCAAUCAUCAAUUCUGAACGUUCAAAAAUUACUCUAGAUACUAAAAAUGUUUUCAUUGAAUUAACAGCAACUGAUAAAACAAAAGUUGAAAUUGUUGUUAAUCAAUUAGUUGCAAUGUUUUCACGUUAUACUUCAGAACCUUUCACUAUAGAACCAAUUGAAAUCAUUUCUAAACAUAAUGAUCAAUCAAGAAUUACUCCAAACUUAAAACCAAGAAUUAUUAAUGCUGAAAUUGAUUAUAUUAAUAAUUAUUUAGGUUUGAAAUUAUCAGGUGAAGAAAUUUCUAAACUUUUAUUAAAAAUGUCAUUGGUUGCUAAAGUUUCUUCAAAUGAUUCAAAUCUUUUAGAAGUUCAAAUUCCAAUUACAAGACCAGAUAUUUUACAUCAAGCCGAUGUUAUGGAAGAUGCUGCAAUUUCUUAUGGUUAUAAUAAUUUACCAAAAACUCGUAUUACUUCAAAUACUACUAAAGGUGCUUCACCAUUACCAAUCAAUAAAGUUUCAGAUAUCAUUAGAAACGCUGCUGCUCAAUCAGGUUGGUCAGAAGUUUUACCAUUAACUUUAUGUUCACAUGAUGAAAAUUUCAGAUUUUUAAAUCAAACUGAUGAUUCAAAAGCUGUUCAAUUAGCUAAUCCAAAAACUCAAGAAUAUCAAGUUGUUAGAACAUCUUUAAUCCCAGGUAUUUUGAAAACAAUCCGUGAAAAUAGAAAACAUUCUUUACCAAUUAAAGUUUUCGAAGCUGGUGAUGUUGUUUUCAAAGAUUUAUCAUUAGAACGUCGUGCUUUUAAUCAAAGAAAUUGGGGUGCUAUUUACGCUGGUAAAACUUCUGGUUUUGAACAUGCACAAGGUUUACUUGGUAAAAUUAUGCAAACUUUAAGAACACCAUGGUUAGAAAAUCCAAAAAAUUCUAAUGAAAAGGGUUAUUGGAUUGAAGAAGAUCCAGAAAAUAAAACCUAUUUCCCAGGUAGAGGUGCUAAAAUUUUCUAUAGACAUAGAAAUGGUGAAGAAGCUAAAGUUGUUGGUUCUAUCGGUGUUUUACAUCCAACUGUUUUAAGUAAUUUUGAAAUUCCAUAUGCUGCAAGUGCAGUUGAAAUUAAUGCAGAAAUUUUCCUUUGA